AUGGUAUCCGGCGAUCGAAGCAUGUCAGUGAGGUCCGAUCCACACCUGCACUUAAAAACGAAACUGAAAUUGGGUAUGUUGAAGCAAUUUGAAGAGCGAGAAGUGCUGGAAAGGGCGGAGGACCCGCAGCGCCCUGAAGAAACCGGACGUGUCGGCAUUAAACCCCCCAUGAACCGAAUUAACACUCUCGUCAACAACUUGUGA